AUGCCGACCUGUGGCCGCGUGUCGCGCCAGUCGCUGCGCCACGGCGGCCUCGACCGCGAGUAUUUGUACCUCCUGCCCCGCGUCGCGUGCGGCGGCGGCAAAGCCGACGGCGAGGCUCACCAGACGCUCUCCGCCCUGCGCCUUCCUCUCCUCGUCCUCGUGCACUGCUUCGGCUGCAGGGACGAGCUCGGAAAGUUUGCUGCUGCAGCCGAGGCCGCCUCGUUCGCGCUGCUGGCGCCUGAGGGGAUGUGGAGCUCCUGGAACGCGCCCUCCUGCUGCGGCGAAGCAAAGGCGAACAAGCUCGACGACUUUGGGUUUCUCGACGCGGUCGUCACUGACGCGGCCGCCUCGCUCCCUGUCGCGCGCGGCGCCCUCUUUGGCUCGCGAUGCCCAGAUGCGGACGCCACAUCCCGCCGCUCACUCGGAGACGCCGUGCCCGAGACUGCAACGCUCGCGCGGGAGGGCACACGCCCUGAACGCUCGCGCGCUGUCUCGCCGCGGCACGAGUACGAGUUCGAUGCGCCCGCGCCAGUCCCCGUCUCGAUGCACCACUGCGAGGCGGACCGCGCUGUCCAGCUCGGCGGCUGCUGUGAGGGCGGACCGGCCUGCUGCUGCGGCAUCGGGGCCGGGCGCAGCGGCUGCGUCGGCGCGGCGGCGCUGCACGCCCGCUGGCUGAGCCUCAACCGCUGCAAGGGGGCGCGGCGCGCCGUCGGCGUUGGCGGCGCCGUCUGCCACGUCGGGCACGGCUGCGCCGCAAACGUCAGCCUCUGUGUCUUCCCGAGCGACGGAGGCUGCUACCACGCGCAGUGGGCGCGACAGUUCGCCGGCGCCGAGGGCAUCGUGCAGUUCUUCGCCGCCGAGGCCAGACGGCCCUAG